AUGAACAUCUUCAAGAAGAAGGUCGACCCCAAAGAGGCUCUCAGGACCAGCAAACGUGAAAUGGCGGUCGCCACGCGGGGUGUUGAGCGAGAGAUUGGCUCCCUGCAAAUGGAGGAGAAGAAGCUGGUUGCGGAGAUAAAGAAGACUGCCAAAACCGGAAAUGAGGCGGCAACCAAAAUAUUAGCUCGGCAACUUGUCAGACUAAGGCAACAAAUCCUCAAUUUGCAAGGCACACGGGCACAGAUUCGUGGAGUAGCUACUCACACACAGGCGAUGUAUGCGGGCACUUCAAUCUCUGCUGGAAUGAAAGGUGCAAGCAAAGCGAUGGCAGCAAUGAAUAAGCAAAUGGAACCGGCGAAACAGAUAAAGGUCAUGAAAGAGUUCCAGAAGCAAUCAACUCAGUUGGACAUGACGCUUGAAAUGAUGUCCGAUGCCAUUGAUGAAACGCUUGACAAAGAUGAGGCAGAAGAGGAAACAGAAGAGCUUACAAACCAGGUCCUUGACGAGAUUGGUGUCGAUGUGGCUUCUCAGCUUUCCUCUGCUCCUAAAGGUCGCAUUGGAGCAACUAACAAGAAAGUUGACAACAGCCAAGCACGAAAUGCUGCAGCUCCUGCAAGAAACGUAGCGGCUCCACCAGAAUCCUCUGCCGAAGUUGACGAUCUGGAGAGGCGAUUGGCGUCUCUCCGCCGCAUCUGAGCCUGAGCUGCGGAAGGAAGAACUUGUAAUAGCAGCCAUUAAUAUGUAAAGUUGUUAAACGAUGACAUGAUUGCCUGCCAUAUCAAACUGCACUACCUAGUCUCUUCUGUCUUU